UGGCUACUGAUGUGUAGUAGUGAAUUAGGGAGGUAAAGCUCAUAAGGUGAUGGCGUAGGGAAAGAGGCAUGGUGGGCGUAAAAGUCAGGGGAAAGACUUUCCAUUGAAUCAUUCUGUGACGUUGAAAGCCAGGGAAAAACCACCCUUUUUUUUGACUACGUAAUGUGUGUGUGUGAGAGAGAGAGAAGAGCAAUAGCUUCAUCUACGUAUACAAAAAAUUCAAUAAACCCCUAAUUUCUUCUUGAUAUUUUGUUCUCUCUGAAGAAUAAUUUUGAUUGGCUCUGAAGAAUUUUGUAUCUCAUUGACUUGAAGAAUUUUAUCUUCCCUUGUUGUGGGGUUGACGCGGUCAUCAUCUGUUUUGUUUUACCUCUUUUUCUCCGUCAACCCUUUUCUGGGUUUUGUCCCCUUUCUCUUUAAUUACUCGAAAGUUAUCAUCUUUAAUCAAAAGGGUCUGUUUAUGAACUCUGGAGUUUUUGAGUUCAAUAUGAUGUUUUGGAGAUUGGCUGUGUUACUGAUUACAUUGAUUUCAAUUUCCUUGGAGAAAUCUAAUGCACGCUCUGUACACCCUUUUCAGCGUUUAGAUAAUCAGGUAGCCCCGUCACCAAAGCCUGCUGCUGCACUUACCACGAAUUUAGGUGCUAAUCAAGUCCCUGUAGGUCAGCCAACGGCAGCUUUUGUUGGUGGUAUCUGUGCUGGAGCGGCUAAUAAGUGUCGGGAUGAGCAUAUCAGUAUGAUUGCCUGCUUUUUUCCUGCCCCGAAAGGGCACGAGGAACCAUUUCUGCUCGUCCUGAACAAUGGUGAGAACUCUUUGACGCUGAAGGUCAAUGUUUCAUCUGCAAACAAAACUUAUGAGAAUAUUCAGAUAGCAAGACAUCAUUUCAAGAAGAUUAAUAUCUCAUCAAAAAUUGGAGGGAGUUCAAUCAUGCUAGACGCUGGAACUGGGAAAUGUACGAUUGACAUAGGACGUUCAGUAUGGCAAGGCUACUUUAACAUGCCAUCUUAUACCAUGUAUGUAACCCCAACUAAUGGGGCGUACUUGCUAGGUAUGACAGCUCUUCUAAUAGGAGGAAUAGUUAUCUGCUGCAAGUUGAGAAAACAGGAUCGACAUGUUGAUGGUGUUGCAUAUCAGGAACUUGAAAUGGGACAACCCGAACCUCACUCUUCCAUGAAGUUGGAAAUUUCCGCUGAGGGGUGGAACGAGAGUUGGGACGAUGACUGGGAUGACGAAAAGGCAGCGAAAUCACCGGAUGGAAAAACCAUAAGCAUAAAACUAGCAAAUGGUUGAUCAUUGUGAUAAGAGUUUACACAAAGACCAAGAUAGCAGGUACCUCAUGAAAUUAGUUGAGGUAUGCGGAAGCUGGUCUACACAUAAUUUUUUUUUUUUAAAAAAGACUCAGAUUUUGUCCAUUUUGUUGAAGAUAUUCAUAGGAAAACACUGAAGGUUGAGAAUGCACUAGAUACAUAUGAUACAGGAAUAGGAGAUUUCUAUAUAGUUAUACAAUUUUACGCAUUUUGAAUUGUGGUCUGAGCACUCAUGUUAUCUAAAGAAUUGGUUUACUUUAACCUUUUCAUGUCCAUGUAAAAACCAUUUUUCUCUUUUGUCAUAUUUUUUAAUAUGUCAGUA